AACGCGUGGUGCUCAAGUAAGCUAAAGGUCAUUGUUGGGCUUGGCCUUAGUUGGCUACAGAAAGGCGUUGUAGCUGAUCGAAGCCUUGAUCAUUGAGCAUAACUUUUGCUGAUUUCGAAGCGUAAGGAUGGCGACAGAAGUUGAAUCACCGCCUGUGGAUAUUGAGAUCGAUCCGAUCGAAACGAAAACCGAAGAGGUCGAAAAACCCGAAGAGAAUCAUGUCGAGGAGAAGAAUGAGGAGCAGGCAAAUGAAAACAAGCCGGACGAGGAGAAUGCGGUCGUCGACGGCGAAAAACAAGAAGAUGCUAAUGGAGCCGUACCGCCAAAAGUUUCACUGUAUCAACAUCCACCGUGGAAUGCUAUUCCCUCGCCCCUCCCCGCCUGUAUUAAAGUUGAAACGUAUUGCCGUAUGCUGAAGAUCCCUUACGAAAACGUUUACAAACCUGGUACUGAUCAGAAGUUACCGUACAUCGAAUAUCAAGGCGAGACAAAGAAACACGACCUCAUAGGCUUCCUUAAUUCCAAGUUCGGAGUGGACCCCGAUGCAAAUUUGAGUGAUAUGGACAAAGCUUGCUCGCGAGCUUUUCAAAGUAUGGUCGAGGAAAACACGUUCUGGAGUCUGAUGUAUUACCGAUGGGUGGAUAACUUCGCAGAAACCAAGAAAUACUUCAAAGGGCUGGAUGUUGUCAGAAAGAAUGUACGCCCGAAGCUCGAUCAAGGCAAGUGCGUGAAGUGCUUAGAAGCGCACGAAAUUGGCAAGCAUAACAAAGAAGAAAUUUAUGCUAUCGGCGAGAAGGAUCUUCGUGCGCUAUCAGCGUUCCUGGGCGACAAAGAGUUCUUCAUGGGUUCAGAGCCCACUACUAUCGAUUGCACGGUGUUUGGCCUGCUGUCAUGCUUGUUGCACACGGCCGAAAACUCGCCCCUGGCCAAAGUUGUGAAUGAAGAUUUGAAAAAUCUAGUCGAUUUCUGCCACCAGAUGAAGAAUAAUUAUUGGCUAGACUGGAAUGAUCUUUCCUCUGAGGAGCAAGUCGAAGAAACACGACCCAAAUCAAGGCUAAGUGUCAAAAAGAAAAAGAGGACCAAGUCCCAAGAGCCAGCAGCCGAGAGCAAAGAAGGCGAAGCCAGCGGAGAAAAAGAAACCGAAGAAAAGAAAGAAGGAGAGGGAGACGAAAAGAAUGGAGAGGAGCCCGUGGUAAAUGGAGAUGCAACGGAAGAGGCAGCCGCCGAAGAACCAAAGGAACAAGCGGAGGAAUCAAAAGAGGAGGAGGCCAAGGAAUCAGAAGAAAAGAAAGAGGAAGAAACUCCCGUGGUCAACGGCGAUGGAGGUGAGGAACCUAAACCCGAGGAAGCCGCUCAGGAAUAAACCGUAAGCUUUUCAAAUUCGUUUUAUGUGAACUUUGAGCAAACAAAAUGCUUCUAUAACCUAACCGAAUACUAAUGAAUUACUUUAGGCGUUCAAUCUAGGGACGUAUGUUCCUUUUUGUAAGUAUUAUUUUUCCUUGCUUACCUGCGAGACGUGCACAGAUUUUUUUGCUCGGAGAGAGAGAGAGAGAGAGGUUGUGUGUUAUGCCUGGAUCAUUCAUUGAAUCGCUGCUCACUCGCCGUUGCGAGGGAAAUUUGAGUAGUUCAACGCGCGAUCGAUUCGUGACUGUAAAUCCAUUCUCGAUUCUUCCUGAUUAUUAUUCACUAUUCCUCUAUUUCAUUGCCAGUAUUUGACCGUUAAAAUCGAGACAAAAGUUGGUCAUUUUGAUAGAAGCAGCCCCGUUGAGAUGGAAUUCGGUUGAAAACCCGAAAUCGGUGUAAUUUUGCGAAGGUGUGUCAUUCUCACAAUUUAGGUGGGGCUUCAGAAGAUAGCGAUUUUCGAAUUAAGUAGCAGCGAUCUCGCUCGGUUACAUCAGUACAAAGACAUUAAUUUUUUAUUAUAAUAUUUUGAUUGUUAUGAGAAACUUGAAAGUAGUGUAAUAAUACUCACGAAGCAAUAUUCAUCGCUCUGGUACCUGCGCUAUAAAUUUCGUCUAGUCGUAGUGGAUAUUAAUUUUGAGACACAACAUUGACUAGUCGUGAGUUAUGUGGUAACAAAUUGAAUCGGAAAGGAACCACGGUAUUUAUGUAAGGUUAAGUAUAAGCUCUUUCUUUGAAUUCUCGACAAUAAAUAUCUAUAUUCAUUUAUUAUGCUGGAAUUUGAAGUUAUUUAGUAGAACCCCUUUAACUCGUCUGCUCUCACUCGAACGUUAUACCACAUUCGGUAAAUAUUUACAGAAGUAUGUUCUAAUCUUGUUCGAGUCUUUCCUAUUUCGAACAGGAUUAAAAUUAGCUGCUUUCUUUUGCGAUUCAGUAGUGAUGUUCUAUGUAAACUGUGAAAACUUGCACAAAUGACGAGAAUCGAUGAAUACGUGGACGUGAGAGCAAAGAUAUGCUUUGGACAAUCUAAUUGGGAUUUAAUAUCUAAUUUUGUUGUGGGGGGUUAAACCCUCCCGAUUUUCACGAUGCUUUCGCCUUCCGUAGAUUUUACACGUGUUUGUGAUGUUUAUUAUGGCAAGUGGAUUGAGUAUCCCUUACUAACUUAAGGCUAACCCGAAGCGUGUGUUAAUUUUUCUUUUUACUCGAGAAGACGAACCGAGAACAUCUAAGACUUGCUAAGAGGAUAAUAGUUUUUUUGGUAAAGUUUGGAGUCAACACCAAGCGACAUUACAAUAAUAAAUCUAAAGAAGUAGAGUAAUUUAUAUGUUCAUAUCGUAGUGUAUUAGUUUUUGUUUUGCAUGCAUCCGUUUUGUUUGGAAGGCCUUUUUAGUGCCUUGCCGCAAAUUUGUCUUAAAAUUUUGGUAUUGUAGCACAAAUUGCAUGCUGUUCUAUUGCUGAUUGUAGAGACAAAAAUACUUUAAUUUUUUCCCCCUGCAUAUUAUUGCAAAUUGUAGUAGUGAAUUAAGUCUAAGCCGUAAUUAUUUAGUGUUCCCUCAUUAAAGACAAAUUUUUGGGAGCAGAAAGGCCUAAAUAUACAAUUAUUUUCCAUUUAUUUUUUAAUUCUUGAUCACAAAGUGAAACAGUUUGUUGAUAGCUGGAACUACAGAGAGGCAAGAAAAUUGAAAAAAGUUUGCUACCCUUCUAAUUUGCAUAGUAUUAUUGUGAUAUUGGUAUCUUGCCACCAUUUGUAGUGGCCUUGUGAAACUCACAAGUUGAUAUACAUGUAAACAAUGAAGUCCUGAUACCUCAGUUUUACACUUCACUUUCCAAAAUAUUUUUUCAGACCUUAUUGUUGAAAUGCUAUGGAAUUCGAAAGGUGUAGCAUUGUAUUUUUCGUUUAGAAAUGGUGUGCUGUACAUGAUAGUUAGGUCUAACAGAGUCAGAGUGAAUGUUGUCUCAAUGGAAUUCAAGUGUUUUGAGUAUGUAGACAUUAAGAGACUGUCUCCUGUAAAAUGUAUUGUUAAAUUAUACUUAAGAGUUGAAAUUAAAACUGAGCAAUCA